CACUAAUCUUGGCUCACUAAUCCCUGGCGAUCACCCAACAAAACAGCGCUACCGAGGCUGUCAAUGGCGCCAUGCUUGCUGACCGACUCCACAGUGCACGGCGCAAUUCUGCCCAGCGACGACGUGCGCCGCUGGUACAUAAAAGCUUUAUCACUGCCCUUCACUCUUUCGCCACCUACAACUCGCUGCUUCAUCAUGGCUGCUCUUACUGCCCCUUCGCCACACUCACGCGCACUACACCUCGAGCGUGAGCGCUCGCCCACCACUUCCAAGGCCAUCGACAUCCCCUCCUCUGCACCCGAGUACCUGUCCACUCCGGCCGAACACAGAGGGCGCGCUGAGCAAAAUGUCCCAACCGGCCGCGGGCGCGAUGCUUCACCCAAAGCGCUGCCCAACCUCAACGACACAAGCCCUCCCCCCACUCCCUCCCUCCCGGCUGUCGCUGGACGCCGCGUGAGCGCAACCACCCUCGCCGCCCCCGUCUUCCAGGCGCAUCACCACCCUCCCCCGGCAAUCGCGGAGACUGUGCCCCACUCCGACCCAAUUCUCUACCUGCCCCCGCUCCUUUCUCGCCUGCCGCAGGCACACGAGCACCUCUCCGAGCACAGCACUGAGUUUGACACUCGUCUGCCAGAUAUUGACCCUGCCUCGCUCUUCCUGCACCAGGCGCUCCACUUCUUCCGCCCUCUCGACAACAAGUACGCAGCGCGCGAGUAUCCCGACGCUUUCAAUUGGGAAGAGCUCGGCCUUCCUGAGGAUGUUGAGCGCGAGUGGUACGGCGUCGUCUUCCGCUCGCGCCGCCGGCCCGAGUCCUCCAGCCUCUUUCUGUACGCCGCCGACCGCGCUGCACAUGCCGAGGCUGUCAUGAACGGCGGCCUUGUCAUGUACUGGUACGGCGUGCCAGACGAGACCGGGCUCAAUCUCGCCACCUGCAUUUGGCAGUCGCGCAAGCACGCCGUCAACGCCAUAUCUGGGCCCAAGCACAUCGAAGCCAUGAAGCAGGCGCGCGGUGCAUACGAGACGUACGACCUCGAGCGCUGGGUGAUCACCAAGCCUCUUGGGCAGACUGGCCUCACCAUUGAGCGCUGGCAGGGAGGCGACGUCGGGUGGUAAACAUGGCUGAGUCACAUUAAUGAGAGGAUUAGUGGCUCUGAUCGAGGCGCUUGUAGCAUCACUGAAUUGUAUCAUGUAAAUUGAACUUGUGCGAUGCGUGCGGUGUC